UGUCUCUGUUUUCAGGCUGAUUGAACUAACACCCUAAACCAGGAGGCUGUAGGAGGAGGGGAGGAUGGAGCUGCUGAGGGACAACGUCUCCUCACACAAACAUUUCAUUCUCGACGGCUUCAACAGACUCGGAGCACUGAGGCCCGUCCUCUUCAUCCCGUUCUCCAUUAUGUUCAUUGUGUCACUGUUCGCCAACUCCCUGCUGCUGUACAUCAUCAUUUCACAGAGAAGCCUCCACUCACCGAUGUACAUCCUCAUCGCUGGCAUGGCAUUUGUGGACCUGAGCCUCCCGCUGUUCUUCGUCCCCAACAUGUUGCUGAGCUUCUUGUUUGACUGGAGGGGAAUCUCUCUGGGUGGCUGUCUGGUUCAGAUGUAUUUCGUUCACUUAUUAGGAGCUUUUCAGUCCACGUUGCUGCUAUGGAUGGCGCUGGACCGCUACUUUGCAAUCUGCACACCACUCUACUACCAUGAAUGCAUGGCUUUACCAAGAUUCCUUAAGUUUGUGAUCCCUCUUGUGAUCAGAAACAUUUUUAUAGUCUUGGUGGUUGUGACUUUGGCAGGAAGGUUGUCAUUUUGCUUCCGAAACGUGAUAGACCACUGUUUCUGUGAGCACAUGGCCUUGGUGGAGCUGGCCUGUGGAAGCACAGCCAUCAACAGUCUGGUGGGGUUGAUCUCAGUGUUCCUCAUCCCUGUGGCCGACUUCCUCUUCAUCACCACCUCUUACAUCGUCAUAUUCAGCUCUGUGCUGAGUUCUGGCAAAUCAGGUGUCAAAGCUCUUCACACCUGUGUCACCCACAUCGUGGUCAUGAGCGUCAGUCUGACCAUCAUACUUGUGGCUUUCCUGUCCUAUCGGAUCCGAAACGGUCUCCCUGCAGCCGUUCGUGUUUUCUUCAGCAUCAUGUAUCUGUUCUUUCCGAGCUGUUUCAACCCGAUCAUCUACGGCAUCAGAACCACAGAGAUACGACAACACAUCCUGAAGACACUGACAUGUUGUCGCUUUGUCCAAACUGUGGAUUAAUCAUAAGUAACCAUCAGAGUUUGUAUAUUUUUUAACAAGUAUAAUGUCAGGGUUCCAUGCAGGCCCAUUUCUUCCAGUAAAGAAGAAAAGUAAUUGGAAGGUAAACAGUUUAAUACUAAGGAUUUG